UUCAGCGAAGUGACGUAGGUCUCGAGCGGUGACGGAAGGAACUCUCGGUCGUGACUUCCACCACCGCUAUGCCCGCGCCCGAAAAUCUCUUCUCAACGAAACAUUCUCUUCUCCCAGCCUUCUUUUCCCCUCCAGAUCACGCUCCACGGCGACGCUCCAAGGCAACUCCACGACACAAUCCCAAGGACCACGCUCACUCUACAUCAUGGUGCCCAUCGCCAAAGCCCUCGCGGCCGUCAUCGCGGCCAUCGCCACACCUGCCAUGGGUGCGCCUUCCCAUGCCAUUGCACGCGCUGGUGCUGCUGCCACUCUCCUUGACAAGCCUACCGUCAACCCCCCGGUGACGAACCUCGAUGAGUACCUCCUUCGGCAGCUCAUGUACGCGAAGCCCGAGAUCACCCCGUGGGCCUGUGAUCUGGGGAAGCCGAACGGUUGCUUCGUCAGCACGUACUGUAAGGACAUAUUCUUGAAGGAGAAUCACAGCCUGAAGUAUAUCGACAUGUUCGACGUCAUGUACGAGGAUUGCGAUCGUCCGUGGAUGAUGUGCCAACACAAGACCGCUCCCUUCCAGCGAAACGUCACAGCCGAGUACUUCGCCCGCAUCCCCGUCGGCAUGCGCAAAUGGGUGCGCCACGUCGUCGCUUUGCCUGCAGACAACCACGGCGGCUCAGACGCCAUAUACGACGGGGACAACAUUAUCAUCAAGGGCUAUCCCUCUCUGCAUGACAUCAUCGCCGCCGUCGCACGGGCCGUCGCCGUCCAUGGCUAUGCGCGCUACGGACCGUUCUGGAAGACUUACGAAUGGGAGGAAGCCUACAACUUGGACUCGGCUGUGUUAAAUUCGUUUUCGCAGCAGAGCCAGGAGGAGAACCUCAAGCAGAUGACGGUGCUUUCCCUCUAUGGCGCGCAAAACCCGAACCUAGUAUCCAAUCGCGUGCCAGAGUUCCACAAAGUAAUCAAUAUGUAUAACGCGAUUCAAGGGGCCGCGAGGGAGAAUACUUUUACUGUGGUUAAGGGUUGGAAUUGUCCGGAGCGAUUGAUGGAUUCCGACGUUGAGCCGCUGGAGACAUAAGUGAAGGGCUCCAACACACCCGCUUAUGGGCCACGCGAGGGUGUCAGCCAACCGGCUUUUCAUAAGCUUCAGUAACUAUAUUCAGUAGAAACGAGACCGGAGGUUCUGCUGGAUACGUCUCACAUUCGGCAUUUAGGGGUGGCAUGGAUAGUAGGAGCGGAAUCUGAUUCCUGCGGCAGGUUUCCAGAUACAGCAUGAAGCUCCUACAGACUUAGCCAGAAAAGGCUCAUCUCAGGU